CGAACAGUCAUGAAGUUACUCAUCGUUACUUUGGCUACAAUAUUUACGUUUGCUGGAGUUUGCGAGCCAUGUAGCAUACCUAAGGGCUACGAGUCGAAAUCAAUUGCGGAAUUAACCAGACUGGCGCCGCUAGUGUUGCAUGCAAAAGUCGUGGCUGUAGACAACAGAACGAUAUACCAACAUGAGUAUAACGCAACACUGAAAGUUAACCAUGUUUACAAGGGGAAUUUGAACGAAACUCAAAUUGUAGUUGCCGGGUUCGCAGACGGGGCCACUUGUCGGUCUGAAGUUUUUGUCGGAGAUGAAAAGAUAUUUUUCUUGAAUGUUAAUCCGUUCAGAGCCAAGUAUGAUGAUCAUUUUUCUGCUGUGGCGACAAAUUCAAGCGAGGCAUUUCAGGGGAUUCUCAAAGGGCUUUGCUGUCCCUAUACAUCAGGUUAGCUUACAAUAAAAUUAUAUAGACAAGCCCACAAGCAUAGUUUCAAAUUUUCUAUGAUAUAUUAAUAUAUCAUCAUGCAGACAAAUGAGCAGUCCAUGAUGCAUAUCAUAUCACUUGAAAUCUAGUCCAGUUCGAUUUGUUGGAUUUGAAAUGGCAUCUCGUGCGAUAUAAAAUGGAGUGCACACGGUGUUAUGGAACAGUGUUUAGUUUAUUAUUAUAUAUGCGUGCAACCAUGCAUUACUAUAUUCGUUAGUUAUUCGCAUAAUAAAUCGUAUAAUAAUUUGCUGUUAUUAGUUUAUAUCUAAGUAUGCUUUUGUGACAGUCUGGUGUUUAAAUAGCAUAUAAUAAGUAUAUGUCGAACAUAGCGAUUAACACUUCAAAAUAACACUCUAUGCAGUGGGCCCUGGAUACACACAAUCUGUCGCGUCCAUUUCCAAUCACGUGAAAAUGGGCAGAGUCACGUGUUCUGUUUUGGCUGCCUCUAGUCUAAAAUCGGGGUAGUCAACAGGUGGGCAAUUUGUCGACGCUGACCAAAAAUUGCGGCUCAUUUCUUCUUGAGUUGCCAUUUUCGCGUCGAGGAGCAAAAAUAUAGACUUUCGGAGAAUAUUUUAGCUGUUUACUAUCAAAUAUGCUUGUGAAACAGUUGAUAAUCUCAAUGAGGAAGGCCAACGGUUUCUGAAAAGCCAAAGUACGUCGAAAUCAGCGUUGGAACAGACUAUAUUUUCCCCGGGGAAACAUGAACUAAAUGGAUAUUUACAUCAACACUAAAUUUCGCUCGUGCCUAUAGAGCUCGUUGGAUUAAAACAGAUGUUAAGAAGUAAGUGAAAAUGUGAAUUUUGUGAAUUAUACUUUCAUUAAAAUGUUUCAGAAGGGCUGCUAAUGUCAAACUACACGUGUGACAGAGCUGUCAGUAUACCCAUAUUUCAAUGUUUAUGUUGAAAUGGCCUAUCUUGUUUGAGGUAUAGCUUAAAAAAUAGGGUAUGCUCUUCACUUGAAACUAGGUUUAAAUCAAAGUUUUAUCUAUAGUCUUUUUAUUAGCGGAAUUGAAAUCAUUCAUGGGAAAAAUGUGCCAGAGGGUUGAAAUUGCCCUUGUAAAUGUACACUGUUUUUGAUAUGUUUUGGGUUAGUGUUUCAUCACCCAAAACCAGGUUUUUCUAAUUUUUUUUCACCUGGAUUUGUGCCAAUACCAGUUAGGUGACCACGAAAAAUGCGCGCGGCACUUUUUUUGGACACUGAAUAUGACAACAUUUGGUGUUGUUAUAUAUUGCCAUCCUCUUAUCAUAGUAUAACUUAACUUAUUUUAGUGAGUUUGUUAAAUAAUUGUGCUCACUAUAUGCCUGUAGUAUCUAAGAUUUUUUUCAAUAGCAUCAGAUGAUAAAUUUAAGUUCUGUUUUCUUUAUUUUUAGGUGAUAGUAUCUGUUCACAUGUGUGUUGGUAUCAAAUUUUGCACAAGAUUAAAUUAUUAUUUCACAUUCCUUUAUUGAAAUAUCCAAAUAAAUGGAAUGUGAUAUCAAACUGGAGGACUAAAUCCUGUUUCCAAACUUGUUUUUGUAAAAAUAGAAAAUAAUCUAAUAAAAACUAUGUUUUUUCAUAGGCAUAUUUAAUUUUUGAAAUUACAUUUAAUUCUUUGUUAAAACGUGUACCAGGAAUACUGAAAUAUUUCAGAUCAGCUAACAAUACCUUGGUAACUUAUAUAGCCAAGCGUUCUAUCUAUUUCUGUUCAGAUUAAACAAAUGAUGGGUAAAAUAUUAGUUUAGAUUUUUGCAAAAAAAUGAGCUUGCCUGUUUUCAAAGCAUAAAAAGCAAUAAAAUAAAGCAAAAGUACUUAUUUUCAAUAUAAAACCUUUGGAAUGCAUAGCUUAAUGUUUUCCACUAAAUAUUACAAAGUUUUCGUUCAUUAAAAUGUUGUUUUAUCAGCUUUAAAACCAGAUAAAUUCACGAAACACUCCCAAUAUAUGUCGCCAUAUUGAUUUUCUUCGCGCAUGCUCAGACAAAUUGCCCACCUGUUGGGGUAGUCAGAACAGUUCAUAACAGUCAUGUGACUGUCCUCUGUUCGCAGUAUUAUCAUGUGAGCAAAAUAAAGCAAUGUGGUUGGCUAAUUUACUCAUCAAUUAUUGAUACUGAGUUUGAAAUCUUUAUUUAUUUACCCAUCUAUACAACGAGUUCAAUAUGAGAAUAAUUAGACAACUGUGAAUGCUAGUGUCAACUGGUGCUGGGCGAGUGUUCGAUCGAUGUCACAAACAAGUUAUUGGUAAUGUUUUCGCUCGCUACUCUGGUUUAUAUAAAUGAAUUGAAUACAAAGCCCAGUCGAAUUGUAUUCGCAACUCAACGUUUCGACACUUUAGUCUGAGAUAAUCUCAUCUUCGCGCGUUUUUUCACGUCCUUUUUAACGUCUUUUUAGCGUUUUUCUGUCACAUCUUUUUUUCCGCUUUUGACUUUAGAAAAAUUAACCCAUUGGCUGUCAACAAAUGUCGAGUUACACUUUUUAAUAAGAAACAUGGAGGACUAUGUCGUAGUCUAUGUGGAGGACUAUGUCGUAGUUUAUGUGGAGGACUAUGUUGUACUCUAUGUGGAGGACUACAGGGUGUAUAAAAAAAAGCGCAAUCCUCGACUGAAAUGUAAAUUGCUAAACAAAUAAUAGACGAAAACGUUAAAGUUUACAUUCAUUUUAAAGCGUAGCCAUUCAGCUUUCUAACAGUGGGUUGUUUCUUAAAUUUGACUCAUUGGUUCGCGGGUAAUAAUACUUUACGUUAUUGCGAUUGGAGAUUAAAAAAAUUGAGAUGGAAUAACAAAUCGAUCUCAUGAAAAUAACUGAUUUUUUCAUUAAAACAAAAAAAUGUUGCAUUUUAUUAAAUGGAUUGUAACAAUAAGUAUAAUUACGGCUUUUCUUCCACUAUUUUUAACUCAGUUUGAAACUUCAAAUGCGAUAUAAUUUUGGGUUGGACCCGAUCUAAGCUGACUGACAUCAACUUGCUAUAAUUUCUGUUUACAUUACAUCGCAAUUCGAUGACACUCUGGCUCAGACACCAGAAUGUUUUGAGGAUUUUUAGCAUUCGUUUAGGAUUUUCAAACAACAUGGUCUCUUUUAAAAUACUUUUAAUUUGUUCUUACGUGGUUUUCCAGAUGUAGUGACGACAACAUUAAAGUUUAAAGAAGAAAAUUCUAACAUUUAAAUCGACUAAACAAUAACAUAGUAAACUUGCAUAAUUAAAAAAAUGAUAGGUUUUACUAAAUCUUUUCCUGUGCAAUUAUUACUAGCAUUGGAGACAAGGAUAAUAGUUUGUUUGAAAGAGAAAAGAACAGGCUUUGAAGUAAGCCUAAAAGCGUUCAACUAGAAAUAGUAUUUCGAAAGUUAUUAAGCACAAAAGAUGAAUUGCGUUUAUUUUGAUACACCCUGUAUGUCGUAUUCUAUGUGGAGGACUAUGUUGUAGUCUUUGUGGAGGACUAUGUUGUAGUCGAUGUGGAGGACUAUGAGGACUAUGUCGUAGUCUAUGUAGAGGACUAUGUCGUAGUCUAUGUGGAGGACUAUGUUGUAAUCUAUGUGGAGGACAAUGUCGUAGUCUAUGUGGAGGACUAUAUCGUAGUCUAUAUGGCGGACUAUGUCGUUAGUCUAUGUCGAGAACUAUCUCUUAGGUUACUUUUAGCUUUAUUUUGUUUGCACAAAAAUGUCUGCUGACCAACAGGUAACGCUGGUUAAUUCAACCAUAUACUCUGGUCAAAUUAACUAGAAAUCCUUGUUAAAUUAGCCACGAUAUUGAUCUAGUUAGCCAGGAUUGUGCUCAAAUUAACCAGCAAAUUUAACCAGCAGCCGGUAAAACUUUUGUUGGUUCAGACGUGAACUGUAGAAAACUAUCUUCAUGUUUCCAAACAGCCCGUUGGGAAGAUUGAUUUGAAACUUUUGUUAACCUAGGCCAGGAUAAAGCUAACCAGCUUUCGAAAAACCGGCCGAAGGACCAUUAAGUUACCCCAAUCUAACAUUUGAAGCCCUGGUCUCGUAUUCCAUCUUUUAGCGCUUCUACCUUUCUGUAUUUCAAUUUUAUUUUAUGUUUGAUGACAACAUUACAAUAAAUGUGAAUUUUGUUUGCAUAUUUCGCAAGGCAGUAAUUUGUGGGAGCGAGAUAUACUUUUGCGAAUAUUUCAUUGUCCACUCCCUUGUCCAAGCGUCCCCCAAGCCACCUUGGCCACGCAUAUAUUUCACCCAUCCUAGUGUGGAUAUAUACUGCAAAACAUAUCCACCUGCAUGAGUAGAACACCAAAACACACACAAAAAAUAUUCUUCUUGUUAUUUGUUUAUAUCUUUAUGUGGAAUAUAUUUUUCUUCUUCAGAUUGUCCACCACAAACAUUUGCUUGCCGUGGUUGUACGACGGCUGUGACAUCGACCUGGUUUUUUAUCAUGUAAGUUUCAAAAAUAAGGUUAUAAGAUCAUAAACGCAAUUCUUACUGAGCUAUACCUUAUAUAUCCUGAACCUGAAUUUCACUUCAGCGUCAUCAAAGUCAUUAGUUACUAGUUAGUUUCUUCGACUGGUUAUGUAAACGGCUUAUUUUCUAUUAAUUAACCUGCACCGUAACACGAGAACGAACGAAUAUGCAGGUAUCCAAAUGCGCAAGCUUAACUGCUCCGCAUUUUCGUAUCGCUGUUUUUUCAAUUUUACUCAAGAUUUAGAGUUUGCUCGUUCAUUGCAAGCAGGUAUAUAAACAGUGGGCCUACUUGGUGGAAGUGAAAUUUGUGUAUUUGAUUGCUGAACGUUUGUUUAUUUGUGGAAAUAAUAACGAAUUUGCAGUGAGGAUUUGGAACCGUUAAAUUGGAACGAGCACGCGACAACAACUACGUACGUCAGUGGAACAAUUUCAAAUACAAAUUGGACAUCCAUUAGAACUUGGUUUAAUUGAUUCUCUCUUUAAAGUACGCGCAAUUCAAUUUAUAAUCAACAUUCAAAUGAAUACAUAUAAUUCCUGAUUGCGUUCGUUUUUUUCUGAACAUCAUUCUUGUUUAUCUGUUGACUGUGCAUAUCUGUGCAAGUGAGUAGUGAUACCCCCACUCUGGCAACGGAAGUAAUUAGUAUGCAAGUCUAAUUGGGCAACGGAAGUAAUUAGUAUGGAAAAUUUAUGACGUCACUCGGGUAAGCCUGGGCCAAAGGUGACAGGUAGCGCGACCAAUUAACGCGGGCAGGCCUGGGCCAAAUGUGGCAGGCAACGCGGCCAAUUAACGCGGACAGGUCUGGGCCAACUGUGGCAGGCGAUCAAUUAGCAUCACAAUACAGUAACAUCACUAUAAUGGACAAAUUACGGUGAUGGCUUCCUUUGGUAAAAAGAUCAGCAAUACGUUUGUCUUUACUAGAUUGUGCCAUGAGAUCGUCCAGUACGAUCAAAUUCCGUUGCGAUACAUCCAAGUAGUCUGUGUUAUCAAUGUCUUUUGGAAUGCCUUUAUUAAACUCGAUUUCAGGAAUCGCCCUCAACAUAUCAAAAUAGGAGGGUUGCCAUUGACCAUAACACCAGAUAAUACGUUGAGGAGCAGGACUUAUGGUCAUCUGAGCAUUCUCCAAGAGAGAUUUUACCCAUACAGUUUUGCCACUUUGUGUACACCCAGCUACGAUGCACGUAAAAGGAUGCUGCAUAACACUGGACCUAUUGCCAAUUACACUUAACCUUCUUUCAUCUGUACUGGUGCUAUGCAUCUGUUUUUUUGUGACGUGAACGGUUACCAGGUGUUGAAAACGGUCUUCCACAGACUUCACAGGCAUAAGACACGUUUACAGGUUCACAAUCAAAUGUAAAAUGAUUUCGAAGUUUGUGUACCGUUACAUAAAUAGUAUUAUGUGGUCAAACCAACAUAAAUAAUCCUAUGAUAUUCCAAGAUACUGUAUGAUAUCCUAAGAUAUUGAUAUCCUAAGAUGUUGAUAUCCUAAGAUACUGUAUGAUAUCCUAAGAUAUUGAUAUCUUAGGAUAUCAUACAGUAUCUUAGGAUAUCAACAUCUUAGGAUAUCAAUAUCUUAGGAUAUCAAUAUCUUAGGAUAUCAUACAGUAUCUUAGGAUAUCAACAUCUUAGGAUAUCAAUAUCUUAGGAUAUCAUACAGUCUCUUGGAAUAUCAUAGGAUUAUUUAUGUUGGUUUGACCACAUAAUACUAUUUAUGUAACGGUACACAAACUUCGAAUUCAUUUUACAUUUGAUUGUGAACCUGUAAACAUGUCUUAUGCCUGCGAAGUCUGUGGAAGACCGUUUUCAACACCUGGUAACCGUUCACGUCACAAAAAACAGAUGCAUAGCACCAGUACAGAUGAAAGAAGGUUAAGUGUAAUUGGCAAUAGGUCCAGUGUUAUGCAGCAUCCUUUUACGUGCAUCGUAGCUGGGUGUACACAAAGUGGCAAAACUGUAUGUGUAAAAUCUCUCUUGGAGAAUGCUCAGACGACCAUAAGUCCUGCUCCUCAACGUAUUAUCUGGUGUUAUGGUCAAUGGCAACCCUCCUAUUUUGAUAUGUUGAGGGCAAUUCCUGAAAUCGACUUUAAUAAAGGCAUUCCAAAAGACAUUGAUAACACAGACUACUUGGAUGUAUCGCAACGGAAUUUGAUCGUACUGGACGAUCUCAUGGCACAAUCUAGUAAAGACAAACGUAUUGCUGAUCUUUUUACCAAAGGAAGCCAUCACCGUAAUUUGUCGAUUAUAGUGAUGUUACUGUAUUGCGAUGCUAAUUGAUCGCCUGCCACAGUUGGCUCAAACCUGCCCGCGUUAAUUGGUCGCGUUGCCUGCCACAUUUGGCCCAGGCCUGCCCGCGUUAAUUGGUCGCGCUACAUGUCACCUUUGGCCCAGACUUACCCGAGUGACGUCAUAAAUUUUCCAUACUAAUUACUUCCGUUGCCCAAUUAGACUUGCAUACUAAUUACUUCCGUUGCCAGAGUGGGGGGUAUCACUACUCAAGUGGGUCCAAUAAUCGAUGAUUCUGGCAAAGAACCGUUGCCAAAGGACUUUUACGGAACUAUGAGGGAUUGCAUGGCAUUAUGUCAUAAACAAUCGGAAACGCUUUGUUGUUUUUAUUGAAAGUAAAUAUUUGACUCGUAGAAUUCACUAUUAUACUCAAACUGCCAAACAACUUUCAAUCCUACUGUUUUGUCUUCGUAUUUGUUGAUGUGUGGAGGCAUUCAUCCCAAUCCAGCACCAUCAAUGACUAACAUUGACGUCGGUUCGCCUAAACAGAAUCCUGAACAAAAAACAUUCUAGCUUGUUUUGCAUAUACAUGAAUGCAAGGAGUUUGAAAAAGACCUUCCUUACGUAAAAGAAUCGUCAUAUUUCCAAUUUGAUCAAGUUCCAAGAGCUGGUUUACUCACAAUAGAUAGAUGUAAUGUUCGUGACUGAAACUUGGUUCAACAGCAAUAUAUCUGAUAGUGAAAUCUUACCAAUUGGGUAUGACACAGAACUGACAGGUCACAGGGAUGAUCUGGGGGAGGCGUACUUAUUGCAAUUAAACAAGAUACUUUCAUCAAUUGCAAUCAAAUUAUGUCUGUUUCUAUGAACGGAAUGGCUUGUUGUAUGUUGUUACAGACCUCCCGAUAGUAAUGAUAUAUCUGAUUUACGUUCCUUUGCUGAUAACGUAUUUCCUGUCUACGACAAGAUCCUUACCGCCGGUGACUUUAGCCUCACGAAUAUUUCUUGGACAGAUUCUAACUAUAUCGCAAUAGGGAUCAUUGAAUCAGAACAUUUGUGAUGAAUUAGAUGACUACUUCAUGUCCCAACUUUGUUUGGUUCCCACUAGAGAGUCGAACAUUCUGGAUUUACUAAUUACCAACCAACCAGAACGCAUAACAUUAACGGCCGUCCACUCUCCAGCUGAUUUAUAGGAAUGAAUUCUGAUAAUUAAUAACCUGGUUGCCAGAGCACGUGAUUGGUUAGUUCUAAUUAGCAGUCACAUGAAGUGAUGUGAUUGGCUAGACAAAAAAAAACUGUUAAUAAAUCUCAGAGAACAUGCCGUGUAAACAAAAUACAGAAAUAAUACUAGUAUUAAAAUGCUUUAUUAGUGUGGGUUAUUUGAGAUUAACUUAGUUUCUUCCGCUAUAAAAAAAAAUUUAGCGCUGGAGAUGAGCUGCCAUCGCGGCAUGACUUGAGUUUACAGCAUCAUAUGUUCACUCUAUUACAGUAUUAAUAAUAUACAUAAAAAUAUCACUCGUCUGAGAUUGGUUAUGCAAAAAUCUGUAACAACAGUGCAAAAAUUUGUAACAACAAUACAAAAAUCAGUAAUAACAGUGCAAAAAUCUGUAACAACAGUGCAAAAAUCUGUAACAAACUGAUCUGAUUGGUAGAAAAACAUUGUGAUGACAAAAUCAACGAAUCAGUUUAAAGCAGUUUAGUUUAAAGAAGUAACGGUUAUAGAUUUCUUCAAAACAAAACAAUCAUGGCGCCGCACUAAAUAAAGUAAAAGUUGAUCCUUCGCAUGGAAAAUAUAUGGCUUUUAUCUUUAUUUUUAAAUCGAAAAGCAUUAUGUAAAUUAUUAUGUAAAUUAUUAAUAAACAUGCACUCGUGAGUUUUUCAAAGACCUCAAAUAACACUCGUCCUUCGGACUCGUGCUAUUUUGAGGUCCUUGAAAAACUUAUUCGUGCAUGUUAUAUCCAAAUUGCACUCAAAACCAUGCUGUUACCUAUACUAAUAUUUGUAAAUAUAAAGUGUUGGUCACUUGCUUAUCGUUCAAGGUUUAAAAUUUUUGGUAAUCCUUUGACUAUUAAUAUAUUUAUUUCAUGUGGGAAUCAAGCCAAAAUCUUAGAUCUUUAGCUUCACUAGACGCUGUGACAAAAGAAUCAAAAUUGACUUUUCGAGCUGUUUUCGUGUCUUAGCGUCGUUAAGUUUGAGUUUAACAUUUAGCAUCCAUGUUUUAAUAUCAUCAAUACAAUUUUCCAUGACAAUAAUCGCAGACAGUUGUUCAGACAUUGAAUCUGGUUGGAAUGGGCAUCGUAUAAGUGACCUUCCAAAAUCUGGAAUAAUUUGGACACGUAUAAAACAAACAGAAGUGGGCCAAGACACGAUCCUUGAGGUACGCCAUUUUUGAUUUCAAAACGGUUAAUUAGAUAUACCACCAUUUACGGAGAUGAAUUUCAAACGGUUAGAAAGAUAGGAGGUAAAUCAUUUUAGCACUUGGUCUUGGAUUCCAAAACUGGAUUUUAGUAGUUCGAGCAUUAUAUGAUGGUCGACAGUGCCAAAUGCAACGCUCAGAUCCAAAAUUACGAGUAAGGUACCAUGCUCAGUAGCGUAGCCAGCCCGACUAUUUAGUCCAGCUAUGCAAAUAUUUCCAUGUUCAUUGACUGUGAAAACAAUCAAUUUCUAAAGAAAUGAAUAAUGAUAAUAAUUUUGAAUUUGCAUAGCGGGACUAAAUUAUCGGGCUAGCUACGCCACUGAACAUGCUGACGGUUCAUGUUCACUGAUAUAUCAUGCUUAAAACGCAGUAAUGCCGUCUCCGUACUAUGAUACUUGCGAUAGGCCGAUUGUGCCUUUGGAUAAAAUUGGUAAAAAUACAAGUAAUCAUUUGUCUGAUUAAAGACGGCACAUUCUGUUAAUUUAGAUGUAAUGUGAGAUCACUGAUAGGGCGAAGAUUCUGAAAUACCGUUUCUGUUUUUGAUUUUUUAAGCUGUGGCUGGACUAAUGCUUGCUUCCAUUCACCACAAAAACACCAAAGUGUAAUAAUAAAUUGAUCAUCCUGGUAAUCACAGGAAGGAGAAUAUCUUGACAUUUUAAAAUCAAUGAAGUGGGCAUUGGGUCCAGAGAGCAAGAUUUUUUACUUGAUCUGUAGAUAUCAAAUCUUUGACAUUUUCUUCAUUUAAGAUGUCAAAGGAAUCAAAUCGGGACAUCAGCUCAGUAAAUUCUUGGACAGACGAGUGGUCUGUUUCAAGCGCAGAAGAAUCAAACUCAACAUGGAUGGCCUAAAUCUUCUGGACAAAAAAUUUCCCAACAUCAUUAGCCAGCACGUCAGGCUUUGUGUAUAGAGAAUUUUAGCGGCUUGAAGCAGUUUCCUUUGAUUAGUACUGUUUUGAGGAAUAAAAUCAGUAUAGAACGCUUUCCGAGCACAAUUCAUGAAAAAUGUUGUCUGGUUUUUCUGCACUUUAUAAUCAGCUAAGUCACUAUUCAAAUUUGUCCGUCUUUUUUGUGUUUUCUGAUUUCCUCCGAUGCCGCUUAGCAGCCUUAACUUGAUCAUUGAACCAAGGGACGAUAGGUCAUUUUGUGACAGUCUUCGUUUUCAACGGUGCAUACUGAUCUAAGAUUGAGUUCAAUGUUUUAUUGUAACAGUUUGCAAGCUCAUUUAGAUCAAAUGAUUCCAUGUUUUCGCAGAAGAUAGAGACAAAUACUUCUGCAAGGCAUCCAAAUUUAUGGCCGCGACAUUGCGAUACGAAACUUUUGAGUUAAUUCGAGGAAAUCUGUCCAGUUGUAGUUGACAGAAUAUUGGCAUGUGAGCAGAAAACAAACAGUCAGCUCUAGGAAACGAAACGAUGAUCUGAUGAGUUUGUCGGGUGACAAUAAAAUCAAGGGUAUGACCACUACAAUGAGUUGGAGUGUGUACGUGUUGAUCAAGUCCGACAUUUAGCUCAAGCUCAAGUAAUUAAACAGCAUCAGUGUUAUCAUCACAGUCGACAUGAAUGUUGAAGUCGCCAACAAUUAAGACGGGGUCAGUGUUUAAAACAACUACGAAUCAAUCUCGAACACUGGAACUAUCCCUAAGUCAGUCUCAAGGACAAAUUCCAACAUUGUGGAGACUAGAUUACAUGCAACCACGCCUCGCGAUAUUGCAAAAAUGUUCAAUGAAUAUUUUCAUUGCGUCUACACCAACUUCUCGGGACAAUCAUCAUCAACUUGGCCUGAUUCAGUUAUCAGGGUUUUUUUCCGAGGUAUUUUUUAUAGCCAUAAGACGGCUGCAAAAACUCGAUCUUAAAGUCUUGAACUGAGCUGUGAAACUCAAUUUUCUCGCCAAACGUUUCAGUGCAGUGAAAAUGAAGUUGUUUGAGUUAAAUUCGGACGUGUGGACAUUAGUUUUCAUGAAAUUAUCAUGAAAUCGCCAACGAAAGGGCUCAAAGCAAACACUGACAAAGUUGAAACAAAGAAGAAUCACGAAUUGUUUGGCGAAUGUAUGAACGUUGAUCACAUGUACAUUUACAUUUUUACAUGGAGUUGUUAAAAUUAAAGUAAAUAAUAUUAUGAUUAUAAUUAAAAUAACUAGUUUUAAUAUUAGUUUAUGAUGUUGUUCAUUUUAUACAAGGUGUUAGUUUAUUGUUUCUUUUAUUUGCGAAAGUUACAAUGAUCAUGCAGAAGGCACUUCAAAUUGACUUCAAAUAAUACUUCCCCCGUCUCAACUACAUUUACUGCGGAUUCAGGUAGACCGCGAAAUGCGAAUAGUUGUCGCGUUACUUUAAACAGUUGCACGAUGACGUUUCUAGGCAGAUUUUCAGACGUUUCUAAGGCGUGGCUUCAACGUUUAUUUUCAAAAUUUAAACGUUGUAAUUCCACUUUUGAUCGCGAAAAUGUGGAACGUCAUUCAAAAUCCUGGCUUAAAAAUCAUCAUAUUUCAUGAAAAUUAUAUCUUCGUUUAAAAAGAUUGACGUUAUACGUUUGUUCGAACAGUAUAAAUCAAAUUCUAUUUUUAUUUGAACAAAAGACAUGUUGACGAAAGCAACUAAAAUAGAAUGACAGAAAUGUUGAAACGUGUUUACUUUUUAACAAAACGUUGAGGCCACGCCCUAGAAACGUCUGAAAAUCUGCCUAGAAACGUCAUCGUGCAACCGUUACAACGAACGCGACAACUAUUCGCAUUUCACGGUUUACCUGAAUCCGCAGUAUUGGGUACAUGUGUUAGCAACAGACGCAAGAGAAAAUCCUGAGAAAAAAACCUUGUCUAUCUGCCCCAUGACUCUAUUUGUUAUAUUAACAUACGAUUUUCCAUUGAUGGUAUAUGAAAAAAAUUGUCAGAACUAUAAAAAUUUACAUUGCUACUAUCUGCUGCCAUGUUGUUUUUCCUGACUCGUUUCCAAGUUCUGCCCUUGUGUUUGUAAUUGCACUCUAGUAAUUAUACAAUGUGCAAUUUCAAAAAUAUUCGCACUUAGUAUUUUUUAUCUAUGUUACAUGUAUAUAUGGAAAACGCUCGUCAGUUGCAAUUAGUGCAUCGGCAAUAAAAUUAUAUUGAUGUUUCAAAAUUUACCGAUCAAGAAUGUGAUCUAAAGACGUUGCAUACAACCUUCGCUGAUUCAUUCGAUUUUUUUAUGCUCUAUAAUUAUUUUGUCUUGUUUCUUUAGAAUGUUGGGCAGCGCCAUUAAAUUAUUCCUUGGUUGAUAAAGAAUGUAAUGAUGGAAUGAAACUGUAUUAUAAGGAUUUUACGCUGAUGUCGUAAUUCACGUGCAACUUCGCGAUGCCACACAGUAUUCUUGAGGUGCUGCACUGGAAUCGCAAGGCCGUAGUUUCAAAUCCUACCAGAAAACCUUGUUCUACAUUUCUAGCAGUCGUUUCUGAUCAUGUCUUAAAAUGUAUAUAUACUCACUUGGAUUACAAACACUAACAUUCUAACAAGAAUUCUCCAGAGCAAUCUCGACCCAGUAUUGUAUUGUCGAUAUCUCGAUGUUGUAUCUGUCUGUUAAGAUGUCGUAAUUAAGGGGAAAUAAAGCUUCAGUAUGAAGAGCCAUA